AUGCCCAGGACCAAGAUAUCGCUGUCUCUCGAGCCGGCCUCUGACAAGGCGCGCACGCCCAUGUGCGCUCUCUGUGGCCCUCCUACAAUCCCCCCUUGCUCGCAAUGCGCUCUCCUCCGCUGCUCGCCUGCUGCGCGGUCCCCCCUAGGCGAUGAGGCAACGUAUCGUCUUCCGCCGAGCGAGGUGCGCUUUCUUCAUUUGCGCUGCGCGACGCUCAUGUCCAGCACCCUUCUCACCGCCCCCUCGAUUCUCAUAUCCAACUUGAACACGGCGCGCGUGCACAUCACGUGA